GCCCCUUACGGUCUCUCCGGCAGGUGGUGAGCCCACCGAAGAGACUUCCAACUCUUUUUACGUAUUAUAUCUCUACAUUUAUUCCUUUAGCAGACAACUUUCUCCAGAACUGCUUACAUGUAGUACCCCGAGGCCCCAGUAGAACGUGGGGGGUGGGGUUCAAACUUUUGGACCGUGUUCUGAGCUCACGUUGUAUCCAUUUAAUCAGAUAUGCACACUUUAAUGUGACCUUACAGAUGUUUUAUGUUUGCCAGUGAUAAAGUAGCAGCCCAAAGGACCUAAUAACAAAACGUGGUCACUUUAUGAGAAAAUAAAGGUGUAGUGAAAAUGUACAUUAUUUUUGAUACUCAAAAUAAAGAUUUCACUGUAGCGGUUUGGUAUUUUAUUGCACAAACAAAAAUGCACAUAUGAACUUAAAACAAAGUCACUGUGAUUAUCAGUAAAAAAGGGAUAAGCACAGAAAGAGUUGGAGGGAAAAAGAGCGGUGGGAGAGCAACGGACGGCGUCCGGGUGCUAUAGCUACACUCUGGUGUUUGUACAGGACAGAAAGUCCCUCUGUUUGCCCAAUGAAAUGCAGAGUAUUAAGAUGAGAAAAACAAGAAAAGGUGGUGUUUUAAAGCUCAUUUCUAGGACUUUGUGUUACAUGUAGAAAUUGCGUGAAUUGCUACAUGAGAGAAGAGAAUUUAGCUUUAACCAGUGAAUGCAGUGGAUCACAGAGCAAGUCCACUGCAUUGAGGGCACGUGAACGGUGAAUUGGCCCCACUGAGUCAGCGUGCACUGUAGUGUAAAAACAGUGUAAAAACAGCGUAAUCCCGCGUUCGUUCACCGGUCGGUUCCGUUUUAAACGACUGGAAGCGAUAAUCCGUUCAGAAGUUACAACAAACUGUCCAGUUUUCUGUUUCAACCGGAUACUGUCACACUUAACUUCACUCGCAAGAAAACUUCUCCCGCGUCCACAUUAAAGUCCGCGCGCUUUUUUUGUCGUUGGCGGCGCUGGAGGAGCGAAGGGCGCGAACCGCCAGGUGGCGCUGCGACUCCGUGCGAGCAGCACUUUGUCUUCGGCCGAAAGCAGCGGAAGUAGAAUAAGAAGAAGAAAAGAAAAGAAGAGAGAAGAGAAGAGAAGAGAAGAGAAGAGCAUUCUUUUCUCACAGCCAGAGUACAUGAAUCCAGGAGCAGAGGAGGAGACACAUGGACAGAAGAGGAAGUGGACAUUGAGAGGAGACAGAGAGGAUCUCGCCGAGCAGUACUGUAACGAAGCACAAGGAGGGAGAGACGACUGGAGACGAGGAUCAUCAUCAUGAUGGCAGGAGCAGGAGCUGAACACCCUUCAGUGUCACUGCACAGCCUCCCAUGUGAAUCACAGUGUUUUGGGGACACGGUGACCUCUUACUCUGAGGACUCAGCAGCACUCAUGGAUGUGUGUGUAAAAAGUGAGCCUGAAGAUGAGCACAUUUCCCACCCUGAAUAUUGUACUGAGGUUCAAGAGAUGGACUCAGGGCUGCACCUGGAUACCGAGCACAUUAAAUCUGAGAUUGUCAUGGUCAAAAUAAUGGAGGACAGUACUGAUCAACAGCUACAGUACAGAACUACGGAGGGGUUGUGCCCUUCAUCAGAACAUUUAAACUCUUCUACUUGUGUUCUAUACAAAUGUUGCAAUGGAGAGACAAGUGCAGUUAAAUCAGAGCCAUAUUCUCAGUUACUGGGAGUUAGUCAGUUAUCUUCUGGGACAGAGGUGACAAUGAAUGAAGUAGCAAAUAACUGCUGCUCAAAGAAAGAGGACAGACAUCUACAGGUUAUUCACUUAAGGUCUAUUCCUUUUACUUUGUCCAAACAAUAUAAAUCAGAGACAGAUGAAGUUAAUGUCGAGCGGCAUUCUCAUUUAGAAGAAUCUAGCAGUACAGAGACAUUAGUUAAAGAAGCUGAAGAUAAACUUUUACCUAAGAAUUCUGUAAAACUGGAGAACAGUUUUUUUAUUCCAGGAUGCAACAUAAAAUAUUGUUGUAUACAGUGUGGAAAAAAAUUUUUGCACACUUGUCAAUUAGAACAACAUCAGCUUAUCCACUGUGGCAGAAAAUAUAAAGACAAUCAAUGUGGAAAGAUGCUUUCUCAGUUACGAAAAUCAAAACAACAUCAGGUUGUUAAUUCUGGCGAGAAACAGGGUACACAGAGUCAAUGUGGAAAGACUUUUUCCAGAAGAGGUAGGGUAGAAAUGCACCAGCUUGUUUAUUCUGAUGAAAAGCCAUAUAAGUGUACUCACUGUGGAAAAAGUUUUUCUCACUGCAGUCUCUUAAAACAACACCUGCGUAUUCAUGCUGUUGAGAAACCAUAUAAAUGUAGUGAAUGUGGGAAGAGUUUUUCUCAGUCUGGCCACUUAAAACACCACAAGUUUGUCCAUUCUGGUGAGAAACCAUAUAAAUGUAGUCAGUGUGGAAAGUGUUUCUCCCAAGGAAGUCACUUAAAACAGCACCAUCUUGUCCAUUCUGGUGAGAAGCCAUAUAAAUGUAGAGAAUGUGGAAAGGACUUUUCCCAUGGAAGUCACUUAAAAAAACACCAUCUUGUUCAUUCUGGUGAGAAACCAUAUAAAUGUAGUGAAUGUGGGAAGAGUUUUUCUCAAUCUGGCCAUUUAAAACAGCACCAGCUUGUCCAUUCUGGUGAGAAACCAUAUAAAUGUAGUGAUUGUGGAACGAGUUUUUCCUGUAGAAGUACCUUAAAAAAGCACCAGCUGAUUCAUUCUGGUCAGAAACCAUAUAAAUGUAGUGACUGUGGAAAGAGCUUUUCCCGUGGAAGUACUUUGAAACAGCACCAGCUGAUUCAUUCUGGUGAGAAACCAUAUAAAUGUAGCGAUUGUGGGAAGUGUUUUUCUCAAGGAGGUCAUUUAAAACAGCACCAUCUUAUUCAUACCGGUGAGAAACCAUAUAAAUGCUGUCAAUGUGGGAAGAGUUUUUCUCGAUCUAGUCACUUAAAACACCACCAGCUUGUUCAUUCUGAUGAAGAACCAUAUAAAUGUAGUUGGUGUGGAAGGAGUUUUGCUUUGAGGAAGCAUUUAAAAAUACAUGAGAAAACUCAUUGAAGCAUCUGCAAACUAAUCUGUUUUUAGGAGUUUGUUUUCCAGGUGUGUUUUACAAUCUUUGGUCCAGGAAAAGAUUUCCGCGGACUGGCACAUCUGCACAUUGAUGUGAGAUGUUUCAUUUUGGAAUAACGAAGUCCUGAGAAAUAUAGUGUGUGCAGUGGAACCAAAAGUGUGGGAUAUUUCAAAUAUUCUUAAGAUGCCUAAUGUUGGACUGAUCUAAUACGUCUAUUUUACAUGAGACCAAUGAGUGUGUGUGUGUGUGUGUGUGUGUGUGUGUGUGUGUGUGUGUGUGUGUGUGUGUGUGUGAGGUAAUUGUAAACACCCCUCUUCCAUCUUGAAGGCAGUCGUCCUCUAUAAAUGGUUGUCCAUGUGAAUAUGUUGAAUAACUUCUGGAUGGAUGCUAGUAUAAGCCUCAAUAAUGUGUGCUUUCAGAUGGUCCACAUUCUGGAUCUCCAUUGCAUAUUGUGUGUUUUCACUUGACUGCUCCUGUACUUUGGUCAAAAUGGGUAACACAUUGAACGCAUUCCAUGAAAUGGCCUCAGUUUAUGUCGGCGUCACUCUAUGUUCGCUUAGUGCCUGCACUGUGACGGGGCAAACUUCAUAACCAGAUAUGAAAAAGAGACCACUAUUAAGUGCCUUUAGAAAUUUUAAAUGUUUGUGGUCACAUGACCUCUUUUAAAUUUGGAACUAUUGAGUUGAAUUCAAGAUGAUGGCAGGUCUUGGUCUAAUUUAAAAUUGUGUCAUUAGAUGAAUUCAACAUUAGGCAUCUUAAAAUGUUUGGGUGGUUGCAGACUUUUGACUCACUCAGUAUUUUCAAAUCCUCAAUAUUCCAGACAGUUGUUCUUUCCUCCAGGAGUGCAUCAGUACCUCAACCUUGUGUCGGAAGAUCACUAAGCGUGGAACACUGUCCUUGUUGCACUGAGUGACUGAAGAUGCACAAUUGUUUUAUUGAUGCAUUCUUGGGUUAAAUGUAUUGAACAGUAAAUUUACUAAAGACUGUAGUUUCUUUUUUUUGCUUACAGUUUUAACUCAUGGAAAAAUAUCUUUUCAUUAGACUGACAGGCAUCCUUAUGGUUAGAACCACUGCUUUUGGAUUUGAAGAUAAGUUCAAAUCCCACAUCCUGCUGUAGUACACCUGAGUACGGUACUUAUCCCGAAUUGCUCCUAUCAAAAUUACUCCACUGUAUAAAUGGCUUAAUAAAGUAUGAGAAAAAG